UCAAACACUUUGCUAGUACACACAGUGAUUUUCAAACAACAAAAGUGCUUUCGUUCACAUUUCACGGCAUACCAAUAAAGGUUUUUUUCUACAAAUUCCGGCAAUUUAUCAAAAUUAACAUUGUCAUAAACAAAUAAACGGCGUUAUAAAAAGCGAUAACAAUUGACCGGCUUGAUACUUAUCACGUACAAUCGCAUAUUCAUUCGGAAUUGAAUCGAGUUGCAUUCAUUUUUUUUUUGCCACACACAUACGAAACAUCUAGAAAUGUCGCACACAAUUUUAUUGGUACAGCCUGGCGCUCGGCCUGAAACACGCACCUAUUCAGAUUAUGAAAGUGUCAAUGAAGCACUGGAAGGUGUUUGCAAAAUUUACGAAGAACAUUUGAAGCGACGAAACCCAAACACACCAACAAUCACCUAUGACAUCAGUCAGCUGUUCGAUUUUUUGGAUCAGUUAGCUGAUUUAAGUUGCUUGGUUUAUCAAAAGUCAACCAAUACCUACGCACCGUACAACAAAGAAUGGAUAAAAGAAAAAAUUUAUGUAUUGCUCCGGCAAGCGGCAGGCACCACAGACGAACCAUCCGGAUCGGCUGCCCAUUAAAAGUUCAAAAACCUUCCAAAAACACAUGUUUUUUUUUCGCUCUUAUUGUUUGAAAGAAAACAUCUUUUUUGAAGCUGCGUGAAUCAUUAGCAAUCAUUUUAUUUUAUUACCCAAUGUCAAUUUCAUUUGGCAUAUACAGAUGUAUCAGAUCUUUUUUUUAUCACAUUUUGUUUAUGAUUUCACCGAUGAACAAUAAGAAAAAUAACAACAAUUCAUACAAUAUCAUCUAAAGAGAAUAAAAAGAAAACCAGACCGAAAUGUUAUUUAGAACAUUGACGCGUCAGAAACAUUAAUUAUAAGAUUAAUGAUAUUAUAUACUUUGUGUAAUAUCGAAAGGAAAAGUACGAAAAAAUAUACAUUUCAUUACAGUAUCAUUUAACUCUCAUACGGUUUAUUAGCUCUUGUAUUCCCAUAGCGUAAGCCAAAUGUAGCCAUAGACUUUUCCUUUUCGAGUUUAUCUAAGAUUUAGCGGGUGAUUUUGAGUGUGCAAAAUUCACAACAAAACUAAAGUUUUUUUGCGACUGAAAAAUAUAAAAUUAAAUAAAUAAAUACAAAA